CACAUCAAGACCAGCGAAUUCCGCAUUUGUCUCAAGGAGUUGUUCGCUGACCAGCAUGAUCCUGUGACUGUGUCCUAUACAGUACUAGCAGGUGUGUUAGUAAAUGAUAAAAAAAAAAAAUUCUUUGCGAAGACCUUCUCAUGCCCAGCAAGCUUUGGUAGAUGUCAAGUAAACUUAGAGACUCCUUGUUUCGUAUCUCCUUUAAGUAAUCACCAGUAAAUGUAUUUUCUUAGUUCCUACUUACUACAAGCAUCUGUUUCUUUUUCCAAAAACUUCUCGGUCAGCUAAGGCCUAAGCCAAACGUCGAAGUUUUCAUGGAACGAACCAAACUCUAAUUUGAGUCGACCUAACUUAAGUUAACUUUAUAGGACGCGUGGAACCAAUCAACUGAAUCAGAUCAGUAAUAAAAUUAUUUUCUCCCGAACGAUUUUAUAUACAUUUAUAUCGAACAAUUUUUUUAAAAUUUAUUAGUUUAGUUCCUCACAUGUGAAGAUCGACGCUUGUCCCGGAGACGAUCUUCGGACGCUCUGUCCGUCUGAACGUGUUGGACGAUCCAAACUCAUUCAGACGAACUUAACUGAGCCAGGCGUCGCUUACAACGUUUCAUGAACUUAAUUCACUAAGUUUAGUUCGUCUCAUGAAAAGUUCGACGUUUGGCCUAGGCCUUUUUUUCUCUUUGUUACGCACUAUUUACUUCACACAAAAUGUUUUGUAUAUUGCAGAUGUAUGUAAACCGGGCUGGUCAUAUUUUAAUGGUAUUUGUUACUCGACAAGCCAUUCGUGCAAAAAUUGGACUGAAGCUGAGAAAACCUGCCAAGCAUACAGCGGCAACCUCAUCACUGUGCGGAAUCAAGAAGAAAACGUCUAUAUUCAGCAU